AUGAACUCAGCCAAUGAAGCUGUUGCUUCGAAUGACAAAGAUCUAGAAGAUAAGGUGGAUAACCCCAUUUGGAGGACAGACGAGUACGGGCUGACCCUACUCCAGGAAAAAAGAAUUGAAGAAGCAGCUCAUCUACCUGAGAUCGACUGGAACUUUACGCCUAGCAGACGUUCGGUCGUGUGCAUUCGUCACUUCGAGGACCACUUCGUCGUGCGAGAGGACUCGGUUGUCAGGCUGGACGGCUCGGUCCUGACGGUGAAGAGAGAUCGUGUACGGCUGACUGCUGGAGCUGUCCCAUCUGUGUUCGACCUGAAGAGACGUCUACCACCAAGGAAAACAUCUUUCCGCGAGGAAACAAGGAAAGCGAAAGCAAGAUCAAAAUCGGCAAGUAGAAUAAAAACUGUGAUACUAUUGUAUUAUUGGGAUAUAGGCUAAGCAUUGAAACUAUCGAGUGCUUCAAACAUUUUUACGGUUUGUCUGUUUGUGCAUUUUGAUUACUCCUUUUCUUGACAAUGGUAAUAUCAAUAUAAUUUUUUUUCAAGGAGAAGCCAAUCCCUUUGUAAUCCUUACUCCGUUCGUCCUCAUGGGCCAUUGGCCUGUGCGAGGAUCUUAUCAUACAGAUAAAGAGGAGAGUCGAUACAGUACAAGAUCGAUGGUACUGAUAAAAAGUACAACGGUCACAUACAGGAUUCGAACCUUCCCUAUAUCUAACUCAGACCCAA